AUCAUCAUUAUUUAUGAUAUUCCUUUCCAUUUUUCCUCAAUUUUUUUUUUUUUUUUGUUGCCCAAGGCAAGGGGUUAAAUGUACCAAAUGGGCAUGCAAAACUUUUCAAAUUAAAUUAAAAGCAUGCCGAAAGCGCCGGAGACAAAACAAAUUUUGAUGAGUCAGCUGCCGUGCUACGAAAAAUAAUAAGAGCCAACUCCAGUGUUUAAAAGUCAAUAAAUCAGCGAUCCAGUGAUGAGGUAUGGACGGCAGAGCUCAUUGCGUGAUGCCGGAAAAUUGCAAAGUCCCGAUCACUCUUGGGCAACGUGAGAAUACGGGAUGCGGUGAAUCUUUGGUUUGCUGCGAUGUUGAAAGCCUCGAUCUGCCUUGUGGACCGAAUAAAUCGCACCAAUGCGUCCCUGAUGACUGUUUAUUGCCUUUCCAUUACAAAUUUAGCACAGAGUGCCCGACAUGUUUUAUUUGCACCGCACCCAAUAUUAAUAAAAUUCCCCUGAGCAUUAAAGAAAAAUUAUAAGCAUUGCUAUUAAGCAAUGAAUAAAGCCUACUCAUUUUUAAAAAUGAUCAUACAAGCAAUAAAAGAAAAUGUUUACAAA